AUGUUAAAGUAUUGUAGGCAGCUGAAGACGUUACACGCACUGCAGGUAAGAGGAACGAUCCACGCAGGGUCCAAGAGCUAUCUGGUGAUGAAGAACAGAUUAGAAGGUUCCUGGGCCUUUAAUUCUGAUGCGAAGAGAUUUAAGCAUGACGGGAGUAUGGUGCAGGAGCUGGAGGGUGAAGGAAAGCGCGGUAACGCGAGCGUGCUAGAAGAGGCGUGGGACACAAGUGGGGACGAUGACAUUCUACAGCAUAUUGCCGCACUUGAGGAGCGACGUGGCGAGCCUGACCCCAGCAUGUGCUCUGGUGUGGCAUCGGGAACCCGUUUGGAAGUACAGAUGCAACGUACAGAGGCAGAGAUUAAGCAGUCAAAAGAAGCACCAGAGCCGCUGAUAGAGCUUCCUGAUGUGCAAAUACUGGGCUCAAAAACUGUUGACUCCAAAGAGUCAAUCAAGAAUUCCGCUGCUGGGACCCAGGAGCUUGCGUUUUUAACUCAGCGCCCGACGCUUCACGAGCACAUCUCCGCGGAUCAGCCACAAGCUUCAGAUCAACGCCCUUCUGCUUCUCCAAAGCGAGUGCAGUGCUUCAUGCUGAGUGAUGAGCAGCGUAAUGUGCUAAAGCUGGCGGAAGAGGGUACCAAUAUAUUUUACACAGGUAGCGCGGGGACCGGUAAGUCCAUUCUUCUUCGGGAACUGAUAAAGAAACUGAAAACGGUACAUGGACGCCAGGGCGCUGUUGCGGUGACGGCUUCUACAGGUCUAGCAGCAUGCAACAUCGGCGGGAUAACAGUGCACUCCUUCGCAGGCAUAGGCCUGGGGAAUAGUCCGAAGGAAAACCUUCUUAAGAAGGUCAAACGGUCGCGAAAGCACGUGCAACGCUGGCAGAAUUGCAAGUGCCUGAUUAUAGAUGAAAUAUCUAUGAUAGACGGCGAAUUGCUCGAUAAGUUGGACUACAUUGCCCGCAAGAUCAAAAAGAGCAAGGCCCCAUUUGGCGGCAUACAAUUGAUUUUAUGCGGUGACUUUUUCCAGCUUCCUCCUGUCACAAGAGACAACCAACAACCCAAUUUCGCAUUUGAUUCAGAAGCAUGGAAGCAGGCAAUUACCGCGACCAUCGUCCUGACACGGGUAUAUAGACAGCAAGGUGACACGAAGUUCAUCCAGAUGCUGAACGACAUGAGGCUGGGCAAGAUCUCUGAGGAAACGGAAGCGGAGUUCAGGAAGCUGUCGCGGCCGCUAGUUACUGAUGAUAUUAUACCGGCUCAGCUUUUUAGCACUAGAGUAGAGGUGGAGCGGGCUAACGGUAGUCAAUUGGCAAAACUACCAGGCAAACGACGGGCAUAUAAUGCAAUAGAUGGUGGAGAUUUAUCGGACGAGGAACUGAAACAAAGAUUGCUCGCUAACUUUCUGGCUCCGAAGCGACUAGAACUUAAAGUCGGCGCACAGGUUAUGAACAUUAAGAACUUCGAUGAUACACUCGUAAACGGAUCACUGGGGAAGGUCAUUGACUUCAUCGAUGAGGCAACAUUUAUGUUCUAUCAAAGUGUUCGCGAUGAUGAUCUUGACGUUGCAGAAUGGGAGAAAUAUCGGGAUGCAUUAGCGAAAAACGACUGGAACGCCCCCGAGCUUGAUGAGGAUGAGGAGCCCAAGAAGGAGACCCGCACAAGCAUGGUCAAGAAAGCUCUGCGAGAGAAGUUUAGGACGAUAGACACAGAUGACACUGUAGACCACUUGGGCGACACGAUAUUCGAUUUCUUAAAGGAUGAUCGAGAAGUCACAGAUCCUGAAGUGAAGGCCAAUCUAGAACGGAAGAAGCAGCUCUUACAGGAAGUUCACAUGAGCUCAAAGGGUAAGAAGUUGCCAUUAGUGCAAUUCUUCCAGCCCGACAAUACCACCAGAACAGUUUUAGUUCGAGAAGAGGCAUGGGCUAUCGAGGACGAAAAUGAGAAGCCUCUAGUAACGAGAGUUCAAUUGCCACUCAUGCUUGCAUGGGCCUUGUCCAUUCAUAAAUCUCAAGGCCAAACACUAAACAAAGUGAAAGUGGAUCUCAGACGUGUUUUUGAAAAGGGCCAAGCGUAUGUGGCCCUUUCUAGAGCGGUAUCUAGAGGCGGCUUACAGGUGUUGAACUUUGACAAAGAAAAGAUCCAAGCGCACAGUAAAGUCGUUGAGUUUUAUGAUAGUCUUGUCAGCGCCAACGACGCGGUGAAAAUGCGCAAAGACGUUCAACGGAAAAUAUCUUUUCCAAUAACCAAGUCUAAAGCACCCAAUGCACCAACGCUCCCACUUGCACCUCAAUUACGAGGAAACUCCAUAAUAACCCUUUUAGAGCGGUCAAACAAAAAUAGCGGUAGGUCGCUGUCGCAGAAGUUUAGUUAUGUUCCAUCUCAGUCAAACAACCAGGCUCCGAGCCCUUAG